AUGUCCUCAUCUGUCGCAGAAUCACAGCGCCAGAGCGGGUCCUAUGAAUACAGCUUGCGUGACGAGGAGAAGUCGACCGGUAAUGUUUGUGCCUCCUCAUAUUCUUCUUUGUUGACUCCUUGUCUAGACGAUCACGCCAGUGCAGCACGUGCCACGGAAUCUUUCGUGCAAAAUAUUAGCAGCUAUGGACGCCCCUCCCCUGAAUUCUUCGACCCAAACUACGAUUCCGACGAUACUGGUUUUGCUCACACUCUCUUCCCCACGGGGCCUUUAGAGGAUGAUUCGCCCUAUCCCGAGGUCCGUGCGGCCGUUGCAAAUUUCGAUGACCCGGAUAUGCCUGUGUCCACACUUCGGGCAUGGACGCUCGGCAUCUUCUGGGCUAUCGUACUCCCCGGAAUUAAUCAGUUCUUCUACUUCCGCUACCCCUCUAUCAUGGUUACUGGACUGGUCGUGCAGCUCUUAGCAUUUCCCAUGGGCCGAUUAUGGGCAUAUUCGCUACCCGCUGUACGAAUGUUUGGCAUCUCAUUGAACCCCGGUCCGUUCACUAUCAAAGAACAUGUAUUGAUUACCAUAAUGGCUGGUGUGGGUGCACAGACUGCCUAUGCCACGGAUAUCAUCGCAGUUCAGAAGGUCUAUUAUAAUCAAUCAUUUAAUUUUAUAUACCAAUGGAUGCUUGUCAUGUCAACCCAACUUAUUGGAUUUUCGAUCGGAGGCGUCGCGCGGCGUUUCCUUGUCGCACCGCCAUCGAUGAUCUGGCCAAAUACUCUGGUCAUGUGUGCCCUAUUCAACACUCUGCACUCUCAGACCUAUGCAGGGCCUGGAGCGCUAACCGGCAUGACGAGAGAGCGAUUUUUUACAUACGCCUUCCUUUGCUCAAUGGUGUGGUAUCUUCUCCCUGGAUACCUGUUCCAGGCGUUAAGCAUGUUCAGCUGGGUCUGUUGGAUAGUCCCUAACAACGUCGUUGUAAAUCAGCUAUUUGGUUAUAGGAGUGGACUGGGACUAUCCAUGCUGUCAUUUGAUUGGAACCAAAUUGCAUUUACCGGAAGCCCGAUAUGCCAGUACACAAAUGUGUGGCACAGUCAAUAUUUGCCAAUAUCCUCUCGCUUCGCAUACGACAACACUGGCCAAGAAUAUAAUGUCAGCAGGAUCAUAAAUACCGAUGCGAGUCUCAAUGUCGACGCGUAUAAGGAGUAUAGUCCUCUUUUCUUAUCAAUGACAUUUGCAAUAUCCUACGGCCUCUCGUUCGCUUCGAUCACAGCGACGAUCACACAUUCCCUCAUCCAUUUCUGGAAGCCAAUCAAAAUAUAUUUUGGCCGCUCAUUACGAGAGCAGCCUGAUAUUCACGCUCAAUUGAUGUCUAGAUAUGCCCAAGUGGCCCUACUUCCCCCAGGAAUGAUCCAAGCCAUCACAAAUCGCCAGGUUGGAUUAAAUGUACUGAGCGAACUUAUCGUCGGAUUCAUGUUACCGGGCAAACCUGUCGCCAUGAUGAUGUGUACUUGGGCAUAUAUCACCAUGUCACAAGCAAUGGUAUUCACAGCAGAUUUCAAGCUUGGUCAUUAUAUGAAAGUUCCCCCACGGCCGAUGUUCUGGGCUCAAAUCAUCGCCACCAUCAUCGCUGGUACCACACAGUUGGGCGUUCAAACCUGGAUGUUUACCCACAUACCCGGCCUCUGUAAUCCGAAUCAAAAGGACCAUUUUGUUUGCGCUAAUACUCAGGUUUUUGGUACUGCUUCGAUUGUAUGGGGUGUUGUUGGUCCCAGUUUGCAGUUUGCCAAGGGACAGUUAUACUAUGCUUUGACAUUUUUCUUCUUGAUUGGCGCUGUAUUGCCCAUCAUACUCUGGUGGCUUACACGCAGAUACCCUCACAGUUGGCUAAAUUAUAUCAAUCUUAUGUUUGCAGGGUUGGGUACCCUUCCGCCUGCAAAUGCUUCCAAUUUUGUUCCUUGGGCUAUCUUGGGAUUCAUUUUCCAAUAUGUCAUCCGACGACGACACUUCCCUUUCUGGGCAAAAUACAACUAUGUUCUCUCUGCAGCCUUGGAUGCUGGCACAACUGUUGGCGUGUUAUUGGUAUAUUUCUGCUUGCAAUACCCACUGCAAGGAGGAAUCGGUCGAGAUAAUGUUCAAAAGUGGUGGGGCAACAGCGUAUUCAUGCGCACUGCAGACUGGAAUAGUCCUGCAUUGAAAGUCAGCGAAGGUCCUACCUUUGGGCCAACAUCAUGGUAG